AUGUCGCAGGCUGUAAAACGGGCUUGCGAUGCUUGCCAUCGACGAAAAGUAAAGUGCGACGGCAUCAACCCGUGCCGCAACUGUGCUUCGGCCCAGUUAACCUGCACUUACAAUGCGAUACCUCAGAAGAAAGGCCCCAAGGGUUCGAGAGCGAAGGUUAUUAGCGAACUCCGCGAGACGCAACGACAAACUAGUCUAUCAGCAAAAGUUCAGAGCCGACUAAAUGGAAUCAACAGCCCUCCAUGCAGCCCUACCUUGUCCCCGACUCCUGGUCUCCUCGCCAGCGAGAUGGCCAAAGAAUGUAUCGAAUUCUUCUUUGCCAACAUGUACCCGAUUAUGCCGAUUCUCCACCGACAGCGACUCGAACAGCAGUCGAUGUAUCUCGAUUCAGGCCUCGACACAUAUUGUCUUGUUACGUCUUUGUGCGCCUGGAUGAUGUUUCAACCUGGAAUGAAUGUGCCCGGCGCCGACCCUCUCUUAGAGCAUUUGCCCGGAGCCAACAUCGCUUCCGGAAUGGUUUUGAUCGAAGAGACGAUUCGAGUUCGAAAAGGAUAUGAAUACCAGGAAUCGCCAUCUCUGAACAGCCUUUGCACCAGCUAUUUUCUCUUCUGCUCUCACUACGCCCUCGACAUGCACGACAAGGCCUGGUAUUAUCUCCGAGAGGCUACGACUUUAGCUCAUAUCAUCGGAAUGAACAAGGAGGAGACAUACUUACAAUAUGACAAUAUCGAGGCCUCGCGACGACGACGUCUCUAUUGGCUUCUGUUUGUAACAGAAAGGGCGUAUGCUCUGCAGCGUGGUCGACCUCUGACGCUCCAGGCUUCUAUUAAUCUUCCUACCAUGACCGACGACCCGACAGAUCCCCUUGCACCUCAGUUGAAUGGAUACAUCCUGUUGGUGAAUCUUUUUAGGCCGUUUGAUGAUAUGUUUAUCACUUUCUGGAAUAAGACUCGUAGCGAGUCUUCGCCAUCGUAUCUCAGUGCUUUACAGAAGCAAUUCUCGGAUAUGAUUCCGCCGUACAUGAACGUUCAGGAUUCCGACUUGCGGGCAAACCAGCAAUGGCUUAAAACGAUUACGUGGCACCUGAGCAUGCAGAAUGGUUGCGCUCCUCAGGGCAGUCAAGAUCAGAUGCAAUUGCAAUACCCUAUCGACAUGUCGCGAGAUUUAAUGUCCAUGACAUCCCAGUUCCAAACCCAGAGUACCGAAUUGCUAGGAAUGCCCCUCGUUGCAAAGUUGCUGGAGAUCUCAUCCUCAUUGAUCGACGUCCUAUCAGUUUUACCCUCAUCUGGCGAUCCUUUCAGUAUGGGUCCUCGGGAGCAACUUAACUCGCUACUGCAGCUCCUAUCAGUCCUUCGCAAUGGAGACCACCAUUUCCUCCCGCUUUUGUUGAACAAGGUCCACGACGUCUUGCCUCGCCUGGCCAAUCCCAUUCUCCAGCGUGCUCCGGAAAAUGCUUGCAUGCAAAACAUCGAUAUCUUUGAUGGAUUCGGUAACGCUGGUAUGGCUCAACCUCCGAUGAUGGAUUUCAAGACCGAGCCGUAUACCCCGGGUAGCAUGCAGCACAUCCAAGAUAUCGGGACGGACUCGGCUCACUCUAACAGCGGCGAUGAUAUGAAAUCGCCUUUCCCCAUAGUUAGUUCGCCGCCGGUCAUGUCUCCAGGCGUGGACUACCACAACAAUGAGUUCAACUCAAUCCCUGAUAUAAUGAGUCCGAUGGGACAACCACCACAGCAUUCAUUUAAUCAGCAAGCGUCUCUGAAUCCGCAGCAACCACAUCUCCAACAUCAACAUCAGCAUCAACAUCAGCAUCACGGCCUACCACAUGGAAUGAGCCAGAAUCACACCAUGGGCAAUACAAUGCAAACAGACAUGCACACAAACCUGAGCCACGGCUUAAGCCAACCAACCAAUAUGGCGGGAAUGAGCCAACAGCAGAGUUUACCACAAAACCCGCAGUUCAGUAUAAUGAAUAAUAUGCUGCAUCGUCAACCUCCACAAAGAGCAAAUAGCUUCAUCAUGCAUCCACCACAACAUCAACAUCAACAUCAACCAUCGCAAAUACCGAGAACCGUUGGCGACUUCCACGCACUACAGCGAGCGAAUUCAGAAAGCGUCUCGAUGAAUACCUUAGGCCUCGGCCACAUAAAUCCUGAGGUAGACUUUAGCGGAUUAAGGUAG